AAAGGGCAGCGGGAAAACACAAAAAAAUAGAAGAGGAACGACGCAAAAUCUUCCGAUACCUUCAGUCUGAAAACGCCUGCUGCCGUCUGCACACACACGCUCAAAAUGCGGCUCUUGUUUACCAUAGCCUCCUUGCUUCUACAGGCACUUCUCGUAAAUGGUCAUGGGCGGUUGAUGGAUCCACCUGCAAGAAACGCCAUGUGGAGGUUUGGUUUUCCCAACCCCGUUGAUUACCAGGACAAUGAACUUUACUGCGGAGGCUUUUCAAUUCAUUGGUCCCUUAACGGUGGCAAAUGUGGCGUUUGUGGAGAUCGAUGGGACGAACCACCUCCUCGUCUUCACGAAAGUGGUGGGUUUUACGAUACUGGUCUGCUUGGGAAGCGUUAUACACCCGGACAGAUAAUUGAUAUCGAAGUCGAAUUGACUGCGAAUCACAAAGGACAUUUCGAGCUACGAUUGUGCCCACUGUCAGGUGACCCUACUCUUGCUGAAAAACAGGACUGUUUCAACAAGUAUCCCCUAUAUUUGGAAGGUUCAACCUCUCACCGUUUUCAAAUUCCCGAAGACACAAAGAGGCAAGAAACGUUCAAAUAUCGCGUGAAACUACCUGAUGGUGUCACCUGCACUCGCUGCGUCAUUCAGUGGAUUUACUUCACGGGAAAUACAUGGGAUCUGUGCGAAAAUGGAGUAGGGGCCGUUGGUUGUGGAAACCAGGAGACUUUCAAAAAUUGCGCUGACGUGGCCAUCAUCACUAAUACGGGAGGUUUCGGUCCUGCUGGCGUCGUUCCCUCAGCCCCGACAAGUCUUCAAGAUAAUCCAUAUGCAAUUAAAUUAUUAAAUAUGACUAAGAAAGGAGUUCAGGAACAAACGCUUGUCGUCCGAUCUCAAGUGUGCAUUGCAAACGAAAAUUUCAAAGAUAAGAAUCGCUUUGAUUCAUGGUGUAUGGCUAAUUGCCUUAAAUAUCCGCCCACUUGUCCAGAAAAUGUCUGCACGUGUCUAACGGAAUGUGUUCCAACCGGAGAAUAUGCAAAACAACCUGGAGCUGAUGUCCACUGUCAUAUCAAUUGUUUGAGAUUUCCUCCGAGCGAGCGUUGCCCUGAGUGGUGUAAAUGCACAUAAUAAUGGACCCUAUCUGACAUGCUCUCUUUAUGACGCUGAGAAAUUAAAUCAUUUUUUAAAAGAAACUUUUGGAAAAAAAGUGAAAAAAGAUAAAAAAAAAUUGUUUUUACCUUUGGGGCAUUUAAUAGCUGCAUUUAAUUGAAAGUUGAAAAGACAAAACUGCAGUUAUACUUUGUUUUGGUGGUAGCCCAUAUUAUACUUAAUCACAUUUAAGCAUCACGGAAAAUAUACAAAUUUGAUUAAAA